AUGGCCCUGCAGCUCUGCCCUGUGCUUGGGGAUCACACAUACUCUGCCCGCGUGGGCACUGUCCUGGGCCAGCACUUUCUUCUGCCCGUCGAGAGCACCAGGCCUCAAAGACAGGUCCUGGAUGAAGCCCUCCUUGGCCGCCUCUGCCUGACCCCCUCCCAGGCCGCCCGGUUGCCCCUGCACCUCCAUCUGCACUGUCUUCACCUCCCAGGCGCCAGGCCCAGGGACCGACCCAUUGAGCUUCUGGCUCCUCUGCCCUCUUACUUCUCCAGGACCCUGCAGUGCCUGGGGCUCCACUACCAAUAG